AAGCGCGAAAGUAGGAUGUGUCGUUUCAAAUGCUGUUUAAAAAAAAAGCAGCAACGCAGCACAUCACAAUAGCAAGUUAAAUAUAGAAAUGGAUUAGAGAGUCAUUGUUUUCAGUGCUGCUAAAUAAGACUGGACUCUCAAAAUGGAAUGCCACUUGACCUUUCAUGUCUCAUCAGUCCAUACUUGUAUUUAACUGAUGCAGGGAGGACACAUUUCCCCCUUGGAAGUGUCCUGUGUCGACAUGACAGUUGCUACUGCUGGGUCACACAAUGUUUAGGAGGCAUAAACCCAGCACGCCGGAACACAAGAAGGACUUUCCUGUGCAUGGAGCCACACUGCCGAGCCUCCAGAAUGACACAAGGUCUUUUUUCAACUUGUCUCAGCUUGUUCUCUCUGCUGGCCAUCUCAGACCAUCGCCUGUGUUGCGACAUUCAAAGAUCACGUACUUCGAAGUGGAAAUCCUGGAUGCCCAAAGUAAGAGGCAGAUCUGCGUGGUGGAUAAGGUCCCUCCAUCAUCCACCCUCCUUGAUGUGAAACACAAAUUUCACAAAGCAUAUCCCCAGUGGUGCCCUUCCCGUAUUGGCCUGCGACUAGAACGCAAUGGGCCCUAUUUGAAGGAUUCUGUUAGCAUUCAAAGCUUGGCAGUUUCUUCCAUUAUUACUCUGUAUUUUACCGAUCUGGGCCAGCAGGUCAGUUGGACCACAGUUUUUCUGACAGAAUACAGUGGGCCCCUAAUAAUCUACUUGCUCUUUUACAUUCGCCUUUCCAAUAUUUAUGAGGAGGAGGAAAGCAGAGAGAGCUUCCGCCACCCAGUAGUUCACUUGGCCUGCUUCUGUCAUUGUUUACACUAUAUCCGAUACCUUCUGGAGACAUUAUUUGUUCACAAGAUUUCCGGGGGGCACACUCCCCUGAAAAAUAUGCUAAAGGGCUGUGCCUUUUACUGGGGAUUCACUUCUUGGAUUGCUUACUAUAUCAAUCACCCCCAAUAUACUCCACCAUCAUUUGGCAACAGGCAAGUUAUUUUUGCUGCCCUCGCUUUUCUGAUGUGUGAAGCUGGGAAUCACUUUAUCAAUGUUGCUUUAGUUCAUCUGAAUCACUCAGGGAAUAAAGCCUCUUUCCCAAGUCCAACGUACAACCCCUUCACGUGGCUGUUCACACUGGUUUCCUGCCCCAACUACACCUACGAGAUUGGGUCUUGGAUUAGUUUUACGGUGAUGACACAAACACUACCAGUUGGAAUUUUUGCUUGCCUGAUGGCCAUCCAGAUGUCAUUUUGGGCCCAAAAGAAACACAGGAUCUACCUGAAGAAAUAUAAUUCCUACGUGAGUAGGAAAACAGCCAUGAUUCCGUUCAUCUUCUAAGCACUGCAAGCCUAUAGUCACUGUUUGAUAACUGACUGGAAGCAAAUCCGCCAUUUUAUUUAAUAACCAAAGAGGGCGUAUGCGAGAAUUGCUGGGCAUCUUUUUCAGACAAAUUAACCUCAGGGUGGGAUGUUUGGAAUGACGUGACCAGAAUCUGGCUUUGAAUUAUGUUAGAAGAUGUGAUUAAACUACAUUUUGUGCAAUGGAGCUAAUCAGCAAGACAUAGGAAAAUCCGCCUUGUGAAUGUUGGACUGGAUCUUCAGCUGAUGGAAAUAAACGUUUUCCAUUUCAAGCCAGUGGGAUGAUAAAGUUUUCCAGCUGGGGAUCUGGCCCUUUAACGUUCAAUACCAAAUGUUGAUCAGAUUCUGAGCAUGAGGGGCAAUGCCAAAGCUUUAACUGGAUUCCAAGCAGCGCACAUUGUGUAAAUCGCUGUGCCACUAGACUGAAAAAAUAACAAAAAAAGCUUUGCAGUUUUGUUUUAUUGAACCAGUCCCUUACUGCUAGCAAGUUGCUUGGUGAUGCAAAGUGACUUAAAAUCAGCACUGUGGAGAAAUCCGAUGUUUUAAUGGAUUGAGUAGGAAAGUGGAUAUCAGGAGAAUGGAAUUCGAAUUCCAAUCAUAGGAAUGUAAGAACUACCACCAUGGGUCACACCAAUGGUCCAUGUAGUCCAGCAUUCUCUUUCCAAACUGUGUCCAGUGCCCGAGCUUCAAAAACCGUGCUCAAAAACGGUGAUUAUGGCGCAAAGCGUCAUUGUUUUCCCCUCACGGCUUUUGAUAGCUAGAAGUUCAAGGUCACCCCAAGAAUGUUCCAGGUUGCCACCUAUGUGCUCUGCCGCCUUGGGAAACUCACUCAAAUCCAGAAUAAUUCAUCAUGACAAAGGGUUUUGUAAUCACACCUGAAUUGAUGGAACUUUGUACAGUGAAUUUCUACUCAGUAAGCUCACACGAGGAUCUGGAACAUCUCCGUGCCUCCAACUUUCCAUCUCAGGAGAACACAGAGCCUCUGUUUAUAAAGCACUGUGAGAUCCUUAGAUGUCACCGGUACAUACAAACCAAUUGUUACGGAAGCGGAGAGGAUCGCCAUCUGCAUUCAGUGCCUGUCUUGGUUCAAGCAUGCCGGGACAGGUACAAAUGGGCAGCACUUCAUGGAUCUCACUUGGCAAGUGCAUCUUGAGGUUGCUUUUGGAAGCCAAGCCUUGGGUUGAGUUGCUUAGUCUGUUCUUUCUUUGCUUUUUCUUUUCUUUUUUUUUCCUGAGUCUCAUUCUUCUUUUCCAAGGGAAGGUCUUUUAUUCAAAUCCCUGGAAACGCUAUGUAAAUUCAUUUGCAAAUCACUGAUUCCUUCAGUGCUGAGCAACACAAUUUUUAGAGGCAAGGUAGGAGGUCUGGCGAGAAGAGUUGCCUCAUUAGGCAUUAAUGUGCUAAACCCUACAACUUCAAUUAUUCAUUCAAUUUCUUUAGCACCUUAAUAGAUGCUUCUCACAUCCUCUUGGCAGGUUAAAUAAUAGGUCUCAAAACUGAGUCAUUAGUGCAGUACCAAGCUACAAUAGCAAAGCAGGACAAGUUUUGGUUACGAGAGGAACUGUUAUCUUACCUAGCAGCACUGUGCUCUAGUGCUCUACCAAAGUUAAUUUGUCCAAUAAAUUGGGUUCAUAUCCCUCUUGAAUGUCUAAUCUACAGGCUCGCAGGGUUUAUCCUGUUAGUAAGACAGACAAUGAGCUGUGUGUGUUGACUGUAUCUUUUAUAAGUAUUGAAGUGAAAUAGUGGCCAAGUCACACUAGCCAGGUCUACACUAAAGGGGAAGGUCAACUUAAAAUACAGAACUCCAGCUAUGUUAAUUGCGUAGCUGGAGUCGACAUAUCUUGACUCUCCAUAUACACAUUGGGGGGUCAAUGGGAGCAAAUGCUCCCGUCAGCUUCCCUUACUCUUCAUGAGGAGCAGAAGUACCAGCGCUGGCAGAGGCGUCCUCUGAAUUUGAUUUAAUGGAUCUUCACUAGACCCGCUAAAUCGAACCCUGGAAGAUCAACUUCAGCAGCGUUGAUCUUCCACAUAGUGUAGACAUGGCCAUUGUGAGUUUCAGCAACUCUGCUAGACUGGCAAGUAGAGUAAACUAUGCUGUUUGAAAAUAAAACAAUUGAGUAUGGUUAUUUGGCAAAGGUCUGAAAGAGAAGAAAGAAAGAAAGAAAGAAAGAAAGAAAGAAAGAAAG